AUGCGAUACUUUGCUUCAAUUGUGCCCCUUUUGGCCACCUCCGCAGUAGCAGCCGUCAUCCAGAAUGUACCACGAGCCACUAUCACAGGAAACCCCUUCUCGGGCUACCAGCUUUAUACAAACUCAUACUAUGCAUCCGAAGUCUCAGCCUCAGCCCUACCAUCAAUGACAGGGACUGCAAAGGCAGCAGCAAGCAAAGCCGCUCAAGUUCCAUCUUUCUUCUGGCUGGACACCGCAGACAAGGUUCCAACAAUGAAAACCUACCUGGCAGACAUCAAGUCCAAGAAUGCUGCCGGUGCUAGUCCUCCUAUUGCGGGAACAUUCGUUGUAUACGAUCUGCCUGACCGGGACUGUGCCGCGUUGGCCAGUAAUGGGGAGUAUUCCAUUGCGAAUGGUGGUGUUGCCAAGUAUAAGGCGUAUAUCGAUUCUAUUAGGACAAUACUGCUUCAGUACUCGGACGUGAGGACUAUCCUGGUUAUUGAGCCGGAUAGUUUGGCUAACUUGGUUACCAAUAUGGCUGUUUCGAAGUGUGCUAAUGCGCAUGAUGCUUAUUUGGAAUGUACCAAUUAUGCUGUUACGCAGUUGAAUUUAGAUAAUGUUGCUAUGUAUCUUGAUGCUGGACACGCGGGAUGGCUUGGCUGGCCUGCCAAUCUGAGCCCAGCAGCGGCACUCUAUGCCCAAGUAUACAACACUGCCUCGAAGCCCAAAUCGCUCCGAGGACUUGCCACGAACGUUGCCAAUUAUAACGGCUGGUCUCUGGCUACGUGCCCGUCAUACACCUCGGGAGAUUCCAACUGCGACGAGAAGAGAUACGUGAACGCCAUUGCUCCCCUGCUCAAGAAUGCAGGUUGGGAUGCUCAUUUCAUCACCGAUACUGGCCGAAAUGGUGUCCAGCCUACCCAGCAGAAUGCCUGGGGUGACUGGUGCAAUGUCAAGGGCACUGGCUUUGGUGUUCGCCCGACUACCAAUACUGGUGAUGCGCUUGAGGAUGCAUUUGUUUGGGUGAAGCCUGGCGGCGAAAGUGAUGGCACUUCGGAUAGUAGCUCGGCUCGCUACGAUGCUCACUGUGGAUAUAGUGAUGCUCUGCAGCCUGCCCCUGAGGCUGGAACUUGGUUCCAGGCGUACUUUGCUCAGCUUAUUGCGAACGCGAACCCCUCAUUUUGA